AUGGUCAUCUUUGGGGGGUCCAUUAUUCUGCCAAACACAGAAAUGAUAGUGUCAAAAACGAAUGAGUGUGUGGAUACCACCGUCUGUCCAGCUUAUGCAACCUGCACCGACACUCCAAAAAGUUACUACUGCACUUGCAAACAAGGAUUCCUGUCCAGCACCGGAGAGACAGAGUUCAGGGGCUCAGGUGUGGAAUGCAAAGAUAUAGAUGAGUGUUCUCAAAAUCCCCUACAAUGUGGUCACAACUCAAUCUGCAAAAACCUGCCAGGGAGGUACAAGUGCAGCUGUUUGCCUGGUUUCUCUUCUCCUACUGGAAACAACUGGAACCCUGGAAAGCCAGGUCGUUUCGCCUGCACAGACAUCAAUGAAUGCCUCUCCAGCGGAAUCUGCCCAGAGCAUUCUGAGUGUUCCAACUCCUUGGGAAGCUACAGGUGCAGCUGUCGUGAUGGGCUCUUCUCUAACAACUCCGCCUGUGAAGAUGUGGAUGAAUGUGUGGAUCCCAGAGCCUGCCCAGAGCAUGCGACUUGCCACAACAGUCCUGGAAGCUACGAUUGUGUCUGCAACCCAGGAUUUGUUUCUAGCAGUGGAAACAUGAGAUUCCGUGGUCCAGGAGAGACGUGUGAAGAUGUGAAUGAGUGUGCGAGUUCCACCAUCUGCCCAGCUAAUGCAACCUGCACCAACACUUUGGACAGUUACUACUGCACUUGUGAACAAGGCUUCCUGUCCAGCACCGGAGAGACACGGUUCGUGGGCCCAGGAGUCGAAUGCAAAGAUAUUGAUGAGUGCUCCCAAGAUCCAUCACCCUGUGGUCCCGAUUCUGUCUGCACCAACGCCCCAGGCUCCUACAGCUGUAGCUGCGUUGUGGGCUUCCGUCCCAAUCCAGAAGGCUCCUGGAAACAUGGCAACUUCAGCUGCGAAAUGGUUCCCUUCAAGUGUAAAGAAGAUGUGUUACCCAACAAUGAGCAGGUCCGGCUAUGCCAAGAGGGAGCAGCGGUGGAGCCUGAAUAUGUUUCCUUUUGUGCACUAAUGAACACCACCUUCAGCAUCCUGGACGAUGCCUGUGAGAACAAAUCCACCGUCGUUUCUCUGAAGAAUACGGCUGAGAGUGUUACCUCUGUGCUUGAGCAAAAGUCCACAUGGUCCAACUUCACCAAAGAAAAAACGUCCACCCUGGCCAUAGUCUUACUGGAGACCGUGGAGAGCACCACGUUGGCAGCGUUCCUGAAAUCCUCAGAGAAUGUCAGUCAGUCUAUUCAGACGGAACACCUAGAUAUUAAGACCCAGGUUAUCAACAAAGAAUGCGCUGAGAACACCAUCUUUAACUUGAAAGCCAAAGGGGAUGAGAUGAAGAUUAUGUGCUCCACAAUUGAGGAAUCUGAAUCCACAGGGACCACUGGGGUGGCAUUUGUCUCCUUUGUGGGUAUGGAGUCUGUUUUGGAUGAGAGCUUCUUCCAAGACCCUCGGACCUUCUUGGGCAACUCCAAGAGGAAGCUGAAGAUGAAUUCUCGCAUCGCUGGGGGCAUCAUGACCGGGAAGAAGAAAGAAGGCUUCUCUGACCCAAUCAUCUAUACUCUGGAGAACAUCGAGCCAAAGCAGAAGUUUGAGAGCCCCAUCUGCGUUUCCUGGAGCACAGAUGCUGAGGGUGGUAGGUGGACGCCAUCUGGCUGUGUGAUGCUUGAAGCUUCUGAGACGCAUACUGUCUGCAGCUGUAAUCGAAUGGCGAACCUGGCCAUCAUCAUGGCUUCUGGGGAGCUCACGAUGGAGUUCUCUUUGUACAUCAUUAGCCACGUGGGCAUGAUCAUCUCACUGGUGUGUCUCGUCUUGGCCAUCGCCACCUUCCUGCUGUGCCGUAGCAUUCGCAACCACAACACCUACCUCCACCUGCACCUCUGCGUGUGCCUCUUCUUGGCCAAGAUUCUCUUCCUCACCGGUGUAGACAAGACCGACAACCAGAUGGGCUGUGCCAUCAUCGCGGGCUUUCUGCACUACCUGUUCCUUGCCUGCUUCUUCUGGAUGCUGGUGGAGGCCGUGAUGCUCUUCCUUAUGGUCAGGAACCUGAAGGUGGUGAAUUACUUCAGCUCUCGCAACAUCAAGAUGACAUACCUCUGUGUCUUUGGCUACGGGCUCCCGGCGGUAGUGGUGGCUGUCUCCGCCGGCGUGAAACCACAGGGCUAUGGGAUGUAUAAUCGCUGCUGGCUGAAUACGGAGACGGGGUUCAUCUGGAGUUUCCUGGGGCCAGUUUGCACAAUCAUAGUGAUCAAUUCCAUCCUCUUGACUUUGACACUUUGGAUCCUGAGGCAGAAGCUUUCCAGCGUCAAUGCCCAAGUCUCAACACUCAAAGACACCAGUAUCAUGGCCUACCUGUUCACCAUCAUCAACAGCCUGCAGGGGGCCUUCAUCUUCCUCAUUCACUGUCUGCUCAACCGCCAGGUGAGGGAAGAUUACAGAAGAUGGAUUACCAGGAAGACCACACCCGGAUCCCAGUCCCAGACUUCAGGGGUCACACUGACAUCCUUUUCCUCCACUUCCAAAACGGUGAGAGACUGGGUGUUUUAUGCAGGUUCUGGUCAAACAGAAUGCUUACUUCUUAGCAAUACUAAACACUGCCAUGUGUUGAGUACCUACUGCGAGUUAAGUGCGUCCUUGUGUAUUAGCUCAUUUGAUAGGGUGUAGGGUUUAAGAGUGGAGGUUCAGGAGCCAGGCUGCCUAGGUUUAAAUCCCAGCUCUGCCUCUUGGUAGCUAUGUGAUCUAAAAAAGAUAAA